UUUCAGAUCACUUGCAACUUAACUCGCAGUUUCUCUUACUCGGUGGUGUAGAAUUCAACAAUGCCUGAAAACGUCCCCAGCGAAACGGGCUCCGGUACAAUUGUGAAAAUUGAUUCAAAAUCCUCCGUCAAGUCAAGUCUUAUCGAUAAUGAAGUUUGGACAUAUUCGUUCAUUAUUCUGAUCAAAUCUCUCGAGCUAGCCAACGUCGGUGAAGAUGACCUCAGACCACUUUCUAUCAAGAUGAAAUUUGGGGAUUCCGUGAUCAACAUAAGUAGCACCUUUGCUGAAAUCGUGAAACAACGCCGUGGAAAUGAAGUGUGUACUCCCUGUAACAAUGCGGAGGAAUUCAAGCAACACCUAACCGCAAAUCAACUUGAAGUCGCCAUCGAUAUGGAUGGUAUUGAAUUGGGAAAAACCUCUAUUUUGUUGGCGGACACAAACUUAACAUCGUUCGACCCACAAGCAUUCGAACCCAUCAUAGUAUCCAAACGGUUCCCCCUUGAGGACAGAGCGUCCUCGGCCGGUACGAUUCACCUCGUUCUCAAAGCUGACCGUAGAAGAUCCUCUAAGGAGCCGGAACUUCCGAAUCUAGAAGACAACAGCAUUUUGUACAUAGUGAACGAAUCACCUAAGCGAAGAAGCAGUGAAAUCCAGGAGGAUACCAUGCGGCAGUUGCUGACGUGCAAGAAAUGCAACACACUCAGAAGCCCAAGCGAAGUCAGCUACCAGUACGAGCUAAUCGAUGGGAUACUUGCGAAUCGAGAGUAUACGAAAAAGAAUCCAGAUUUGGAAACAAUGAAAAGAAAAGUGGAACAGAUCGAAAGGGAAGCAAAGCUGUAUCCGGUGGGAAAAGAACCGGAAGCGAUUGCGGAAACCUCAAAACCAAAAUUCUGUAGUAGCUGCGGUGGGUAUUCUGUUACAGGAGCAAGUUGUGCUAACUGGGAUGAAACGAAAAUUCAAGCUGGUACUGCACUGCUGUUCGAUGAAGAUUUCAUCUGUACGAAUGGCGGCAUAAAUCGUGCUUACCGUUCGAGGCAGAUGCCACUAAAUUCAACACGUAUACCGGAGCCAAGUUUUGGCUAUUCUGAAGAAACUGACAGAUUCGAGCGCACUCAAUUAAAGGAUUUUCCUAUGGAUUCUUACAAGCUGCAAGAACCAAACUAUCUCUGUCCCAAAUCCGCUGGUAUUAGAUUCUGCCAACGUUGCGGCUUGAAUAUGGAUUGGCUCCCGGUGCACAGCAGCUGUCCGAAGUGCGGCUAUAAAUGCAUCCCAGUCCGGCCAGAAAGUUCAAUCCCUGCUAUGCAUGAAACAGCUCCUAACCAGCUACAUUCGUGGCUCGGAAGCCUUGAGCAGCAGAAAAGCCCACACAAACGUUCGUCUGCGGAAAUUGGUCGUACGACCUCUACGGAAAGUCGACCCUGUCCGAUUUGCCGCCUGCGGGGAGGCCGUUGCCCCGAUUGUCAGAAGCGUUCGGGCACGGUCAAACAAGAUGGGCUCGAACUGAUCUCAAUGACGCUUACCUCCACUUCAGAUUCCGCUAUGCUUAGACGAAAAGAAAUACCUCGCCCGAAAACAAGACAAUCACAGAGGGAUCGGUUCCGCGGAUUCCCGAAGAAGGUUGAUAAGGCCACUCGGGUUACUGAGUUGCAAAAAAUAUACGGAGAAGAAGUAACUCCCGGGCCAACGAGAUACAGUCGACGGUCUACGCGCAGCUCGGUUACAUCCACCAAUGUCGAAGAAAUCCUCAAAACUACGGAUGCUCAAAGGGGCAAGACAGACUCCGGAGGAGUUGAAAUCAUCAAGCCGGCUAAAAUAGAAAAGAAUCUACCCAAACCCGCUGAUCUUGAAAGUGGAUGUUUGUCUCUCACUGCGGCUCAGAUUCGAAAGAAUCAACGUAAGCUCUUGCGUCACAUCAAGAAACAGAAUGCCGGAAAGUACUCCUAUCAAUAUGGGAAUCGUUAUCCAGGCAUUGUGGCAGGGCAUCGCGAGUGCAUCAUUCCGGGAAAACCAGUUCCACCGCACAUGGGUUGGCUCUGGAAUACAAUCACCCUCGGAAUUGGGAAAAUUCGAAGAGGUUGGCGCCCUGGCGCAGUACGGCAGCCGAUUAAGGAGCUGAUGCAGCACUUUUUGGUCAGUUACCCAUUGGAUAACAUUCCAGUCAGUCGGAAAGCAGCGCGUCGAUUGAAGAUCGCCGGCAGCGAGUCUCAGUCUUUGAAACCAAAGCCCACUCUGCAGAUCGUGAAACGCGAUGGAGAAUACUCAGUUGUUAUGAAUCCACUGAAGGACUCGAAUGCACUGAAAACAACACAAGAUCCGUAUCUGGCCUGUGAGCCAAUCCGUUUCAAGCUGGCGAAAGACCCCCACACCGGUAAACUGCAUCAGCUUCGUAAGGCACUCAAGGUAAAAGGAUUCACAAUGUGCGGCUGCACUGAGCUGGAUUCGUGUGAUCACAAGAGCAAGAAGGAGAAGAGCUUGAUGCAAAAACAAAUACGUGUGCUGUCUAGGCGGUUGGGUCUGCCUAAGAAGACGGGCCUGGAAGAUAUUCCCGUCGAUAGUGAGUCAGAGUUGGAUCUUGAGUUUACGCCCCCUUCGGCAAUGCUGAAAUCGGGCGUUCGCAAACCCGAUGUGGUGUGCACGGAAACGCAGUACAUGGAGGAAGAUUUCAAGGUUCAAAUUCCGGCUGAUAAGCUCAAAUGUAAACCAGGUCCCAGAGAGGACCCAAGGGGCAUUGGGAAGGCGGCGAGAGUAAAGCUUGGGCGGGGCAUGGAUAAAAUGGAUGCUAAGGACGGUAAAAUGGGCAAACCGACAGGUGUUGGCGGCGCCAAGGGUGCCAGAGGAGCGGCAGGUGCCAAAGGUGGAGCUGGUCCCAAAGGAGGAGCUAGUGGCAAAGUUGGAGCUGGUGGCAAAGGUGGUGAUGGGGCCAAAGGUGAUGAUGGAACUAAAGGAGCCAAGGGUGGUAAAAGUGGAGAUAAGAGUGGCUUGAGAAGUGGCGCUGCUGGUGCAGGCAAUAGACCUCAGAGAAUGCAUCGGCCAGACGGAGGACAGGUGAUAAGAGGAGAAACCUGUAAACCAGUGAGAUGCGAACCGAAUCCAAACUAUUGCUCCAAUGUUGCAACGGGAUGGGAUUGCCAAACGGCCAAUAUCUGUUAUGCACCAUGUGCACCCGCCGGACCCUGCUACAACCCAUGCUACACAACAUGUAUUUAGUGAGGUGGCGAAGUUGUGUGAAUCUUCAAUCCAUUUCUAUCUAUAUUUGUAUAUCUUUAUGUGAAUAAAUUCUUUAUAAAUACUAC